AUGAGCUUAGAUGUGGAGAUAUCGAUCUUUGGAGUUGCUGCUCCCUAUCUGCGGAAGCCUGAGAAGGAGAGGAUUGAGGCCCAGAAUCGCCCAUUUGAUGCUAAUGGAGCCUGCUUUGUAAUCGAUGAUAAAGAAAUGUAUUUGAAAGGAAUCAUCCAAAGCAGGGAGAGUGACAAAGUCACAGUCAAAACAUAUGAUGACAGAACUGUGACUGCCAAGGAUGACCAAGUCUCCCCCAUGAAUCCUCCCAAAUAUGAUAAAGUCGAGGACAUGGUGAUGAUGACCCACCUCCAUGAGCCUACUGUCUUGUAUAACCUCAAAGAGCAUUACGCAGCCUGGAUGAUAUAUACCUACUCAGGCCUCUUCUGUGUCAUUGUCAACCACUACAAGUGGCUGCCAGUGUACAACUGUGAGGUGGUGGCUGCUUACAGGGGCAAAAAGUGUCAAGAAGCCCCACCCCACAUCUUCUCCAUCUCUGACAAUGCCUAUCAGUUCAUGUUAACUGGGGCAGCCACGGGACUCCACAUGCUGCCCCCAGUGCAGGUUCUGAAGCUCCUAUUGGCCAGGAACCACGGCCAAUGGAAACUGCAGGGCGGAGAGUCUGGUGCUGGGAAGACUGUGAACACCAAGCGUGUCAUCCAGUACUUUGCAACAAUUGCAGUUGCUGGGGAGAAGAAGAAAGAUCAGCAGCCUAGCAAAAUGCAGGGAACCCUGGAGGAUCAAAUCAUCCAGGCCAACCCACUCCUGGAGGCCUUUGGCAAUGCCAAGACAGUGAGGAACGACAACUCUUCACGUUUUGGCAAAUUCAUCCGGAUCCACUUUGGGACCACAGGGAAGCUGGCUUCAGCAGAUAUUGAAACUUGUCUCCUGGAGAAAUCCCAGGUAACAUUUCAGUUGGCUAGUGAAAGGAGCUAUCAUAUUUUUUACCAGAUAAUGUCCAAUAAGAAGCCCCAGCUCAUUGAUCUGCUUCUCAUUUCCACCAACCGCUACGACUUCCCCUUUGUGAGUCAAGGCGAACUUACUGUCGCCAGCAUAGAUGACAGUGAGGAGCUGAUGGCUACAGAUAGUGCCAUUGAAAUCCUGAGUUUCAACCCUGAGGAGAAGGUGGGAAUCUACAACCUGACAGGGGCAGUCAUGCAGAAGGUCAGGCAGAAGCAACAAGAGGAGCGGGAUGUUCCUUCCUUUUUGCUAGUGGCUGACAAAGUUGGUUACCUGAUUGGUCUGAAUUCUGAUGACUUACUGAAGGCUUUGCGCUAUCCAAGGGUGAAAGUUGGGAAUGAAUAUGUGGCCAAGGGACAAAAUGUCCAGCAGGUGCACAAUUCGGUGGGGGCUCUAGCUAAGUUGGUCUAUGAGAAGAUGUUCCUAUGGAUGGUCACACGCAUCAACCAGCAGCUGGAUACUAAGCAGCCCAGGCAGCAUUUUAUUGGUGUCCUGGACAUUGCUGGCUUUGAGAUAUUUGAUUUUAAUAGCCUGGAGCAGCUAUGCAUCAGCUUCACCAAUGAGAAACUGCAACAGUUUUUCAACCAUCACAUGUUUGUGCUGGAGCAGGAGGAGUACAAGAAGGAAGGAAUCAAAAGGAAGUUCAUUGACUUUGGGAUGGACCUGGCUGCCUGUAUUGAGCUCACUGAGAAGGUUCCCUAUGUUUAG